AUGUCUUUUAUGAACUCGGGAGCAGAGUGUUCAAGUAGCCGAAACCCUCUUUCUCAGUUUACCAAGCAUGCCUCGGAUGAUAAAUCAUUGCAACAUGAAAGAUUUGGCCCCUCUGGACAGGCAUCUGCUUCUAUGAGAUCUUCAAAUCAGUCAAUAGCGGCGCAAGACAGACAACUUAUGGAUUCUUUUAUGAAAAGUGAAGCAAAUGGGCCCGUUAUGGGUCAUAGUUCUUUUCAGUUUGACCAAAUGAACCAUGAACUCAUGAACAUUCAACAUCAUCAAACUUCUUUAGGACUUGCAAAAAAAGACGGUUGGGCCGCAGAUUUUACUGCUAAAGGUGUUUCUGGUCCUAGUAUCACUCCUGAUGUCUUAACUUCACAGCAUGUUUCUAGAUCUGUUAUGGAUAAUGCUAGGUGGGGUGCUGAGUUUACUGCCGGAGGUCUUAAUGAUUCUGUAACUGGACCUCCGAUAACAGGAUUUCAAGGCUUUAAUAAUGCAGGCUUAGGAUAUAUGCCUAGACAUUUUGCUCCAUCUAUGAUUUCAACUUCUGCUACUGUUACCCCUAAAAGUGAUCGAAUUGUUGAAUUGGAUAAUAAAAAUUGGGAGGAGCAGUUUCGUCAAGUAGAAGAAAGUGUCAAUAAUGUGGAAAAAAAGACGGCUGAAGUCUCUCAUGAAUCUUUGAAACAAAAUUCAGAUACUGAAGCAGUUGUUUCCGACUUUGAUAAUAUUUGGGAAAACAUUAGAUCUCAGGUUUUAGAUGCUAAUGAUGACUGGAAUUUAGAUAAUUCAUGGGAUCGUGAUUUUGAUCAAUUUGCAAGAAACAGGUCUGAAUUUGGUGAAUAUGAGUUUGAGUCUAAUAAUCGUUAUAUUAACGAUCCCGAUCCUUUCCAAAUUGGUGUUCAACUUAUGGAAUCUGGUGGAAACAUUUCGGAAGCCGCAUUAGCUUUUGAAGCUGCAGUUCAAAAGAAUCCUGAGCACGCUGAAGCUUGGGGCCGCUUGGGAGCUUGCCAAGCUCAAAAUGAAAAAGAGGAUCCAGCAAUACGGGCGCUUGAAAGAUGUGUCACCCUGGACCCUAAUAACCUUACCGCCUUAAUGAAUUUGGCGGUUUCAUACGUUAAUGAAAGCUAUGAUAAUGCGGCUUACUCAACUUUAGAGAAAUGGAUUUCAACUAAAUAUCCUGAUGUCGUUGAUCAAGCACGUGCUCAAGAGCCUAAAUUGGGCAUUGAAGACAAGUAUCACCUCCAUGCUCGUGUGACUGAACUUUUCAUUCGGGCAGCACAAAUUUCCCCUGAUGGCGCUAAUAUGGACGCUGAUGUUCAAGACGGACUUGGUGUUCUCUUUUAUGGAAAUGAGGAUUAUGAAAAGGCUAUUGACUGUUUUAACGCGGCGAUUGCAGCUCGCCCUAAUGAUCCUUUACUUUGGAAUCGUCUGGGCGCUACCUUAGCUAAUUUUAACAAGAGUGAAGAAGCUAUUGAAGCAUAUUCUAGAGCACUGCAGUUGCGGCCUUCUUUUGCAAGAGCAAGAUAUAAUUUGGGUGUGUCAUGCAUAAAUAUUGGUUGUUAUCACGAGGCUGCUCAACAUUUACUUACUGCUCUAUCAAUGGAUCAUACACCCGAAGAUCAAGCAUUAGCAAAUCAAAGUACAAAUCUCUAUGCAACUUUAAAAAGAGUUUUUUCUGCGAUGGAUCGCAAAGAUUUAGAAUCUAAAGUUGGCGUUGGAAUGGAUUUAAACACAUUUCGUUCAGAGUUUGAUUUUUAA